GUUGGCAAUCGAGACUUGAACUGUCAAAAUCUAUGCGAACCUAAUUAACUAGGAGCUCAGAGCUCAAAAUGGUUAAGCCGGAUGCCAAUACGCAAAUAGCCAUUGAAGAUUUUGUGUGUGACUCCAUCUCGCGUCGCGACCUUGUUAGAACUUGGAAAGCUAGAUACUGACGGUUAAGGCAGACACGAGGAGAAAUAGGCAAUCGUCUUCAGUCCCGAAACUGAACAUCGUCGCAAAUCAUCACUUGUCGCUACCGAUGACCCCCGGAUCCGUCGCCGUGGUUCCGACUCCCACGAUAAGAACACAGCGUGCUUCGUACACUCAUUGCUGAAUGGAAAAUGGGAUAUACCCUACGAAUACCAAGAGGACGACAGAACCGUAACCGGCGAACAUAUUGGCAGAAGACCGAUUGAGAUAGAACCUGCAAGUCAGGACAAUGAGUUGAGGGAAUACGAUCGAGUCGCCGUAGUUGAUUAUGCGAGUCGUCUCCCGGAUCAAAGUACGCCUACGGUGGUGCAUUCGCGACACUUGACAAAGGCGCAGCUGUCUGAUAUGGCCUGGAAUGUGCGCAAAUUAUCUAAGCGAUUGGGUAGUGUUAAACUCAAGCUUAAAGUCAAGACGGUGUUUGUGGUGACAAAGGCACAUGAUGAAUCGUUGAUUAAGAUAACGAGAGAGUUCACUACAUGGCUUCUAUCAAAGGAUAGAGAGAGGCUAUAUACUGUCUAUGUUCAGGAGUCGCUUAAAGACCAUCCGGAUUUUGAUGGUGCUCGUAUUAUUCAUGAAAUUGACGAGCCUACGGCGCAUGAUCGAUUGAGAUAUUGGAACAGCAGCAUUGCAACUGAUCAUCCGCAGACGUUCGAUUUCGUGAUAACGCUCGGAGGAGACGGCACAGUCUUAUAUACCAGCUGGUUAUUUCAGCGUAUAGUGCCACCUGUAUUAUCGUUUUCACUCGGAUCACUUGGAUUUUUAACCAAAUUCGACUAUUCAAAGUAUCAAGAUACGAUUACAAAGGCAUUUCGUGAUGGAGUUGCUAUUAGUCUAAGAUUGAGAUUUGAGUGUACAGUGAUGCGGAGUAAUCCUCGAAGAAAACCGGCCGUUGAUCAUGAGGGACAUGUCCUCAAGAAAGAUCUUGUGGAGGAAUUGGUUGGUGAAGAGAUUGGUGAUACGUUGACACACGUACCGGAUAAGGUAUUUCAAAUUUUGAAUGAUAUUGUGGUCGACAGGGGGCCGAAUCCGACAAUGUCGACGAUUGAAUUAUUCGGAGACGACGAACACUUUACAACUGUUUUGGCAGACGGCGUAUGUAUAUCCACGCCUACAGGAUCGACUGCCUACAAUCUCGCAGCUGGUGGUGCUCUAUCCCAUCCAGAGAAUCCUGUGAUCUUAGUUACAGCCAUCUGUGCUCAUACACUAUCAUUCCGGCCUAUAAUUCUUCCAGACACCAUUGUCUUGAGAAUGGGCGUACCCUACGACGCUCGCACAACCUCGUGGGCUAGUUUUGACGGGCGAGAGAGGGUCGAGUUACAUCCGGGCGACUACGUAACAGUGUCGGCUUCCCGCUACCCAUUUGCGAAUGUGAUGCCUGCUGGAAGACGAAGCGAGGAUUGGGUGCAAAGUAUAUCCAAAACAUUGAAUUGGAAUUCAAGACAGCGCCAGAAAGCGUUCACCAAAUAGACCAUGUAUCAUCAGGUAAGAGUUGAGGUCCUUUCAACGGAGAGACAAUCUUUUGACCAUGACUGGCUGAACUUGGGACUAGAAGUCUAUCUGUCUUGAAUAUAUAUCUUCUCUAUAAUUCAAUUAAAUAUCGAUUGACUCUUUUAAAGGGACUUAAUGAAGUACUAGUAUUUUCCACUUGUCAUUUUGCUUGUUAUCAUAGGGUUAGGGUUCUUGUGGAGAAAAAGAGAAAAAGAUACUGCCAAUAAGGCGGUGAGUCCGCAACCAGAGCUAUAAAAUCCGCUUUUCUGCCAC